AUGGAGGCGUCGUGGCUGCAGAAUAUGGCCAUGGCCAAGGGCAUGGUGAGGAUCUGCAUGAACGACACAGCCAAUGGCUGCAGAUUAGGAAAAGAGAAGGAAAACGAGGAGGAAAAGACGAAGCAGAGAAGAGCUGCGGAGACUGGUUUAGUUCGUACCCCAUCAGCCUCCCUCCUCGACGCCACCGCCGCUCAGCCUCCAGCCACUGCCGCCUACGACGCCCUCAUUGGCUGGGAACAGGACGCCCUCGACGACGAGGUGGAGGCCGAGCGUCUCCGCGUCGACCUCCUCCGCCAGGUCCACGACCGCGCCCUGGCCUGCGAGAUCAUGAGCGUGCCGGACGAGGAGUGGCUACAAACCGGCAACAAUUUGCACAGGCCGUUCGGAGAGGGCUCCUCCUUGUCGUCUUCGAAUGGGCAAAACUUCCAAUUCAAGGUUUAUGUCAAGGGUUUGGUGGAGCGAGGGGCGGGCGGAAUCGGCGUGGCUAUUUGCGACGGGAAUGAUGGUUUGCUGUUCGAGUUGAGUAAGGGUUUGAGCGGCAAAGAUCAGGAUAAGGAAUUGGUUGAUUUCAAAGCGCUGAUUGAAGGUCUUGAUGCUGCGGUGAUGCUUGAUUUGAAGAGGAUUACUGUUGUUACCGAUAAUCCUCUGCUCUGUCAACAUAUUACUGGAGAAAACACUCAAACGAUAAAAACUGCUGUCACAUUAUCUAGCCAGAUACAACUCCUAAGAAAAUUUACUAAGUGUCAUCCAUCUCUUGUUGCCUCUAAUGCCAAUAAGGCUGUCAAACUUGCAAGGAAUGCAAUUGCAUUUCAGGUUAAUCGUUCAGCAGGUAGUAGCAAUGGCAAGAAUCUGACUGAGCAAUGUACUAUUUGUUUAGAGGAUACUUAUGUGGAUCGGAUGUUCUUAAAUACAAGUUGUCGACAUAGCUACUGCUUUUUGUGCAUGUCGAAACAUUUUCAGUUUAAGUUGCUUCAAGGGAGGCUGCCUAAAUGCCCUCAUGAGAACUGCACAACUGAGCUGAUGUUUGUUUAUUAUGUCAUCAAAUAUUGUGCUUCUAUGAUGAAGAUCUCUCCUAAGGUUAUAUAGUGCCUCUAUGUACUGAAAAAUAAGGAUGAAAUGGUAUUUAUUAGUUUUCGCGCCUCCAGUAUUCGCUCUGUGAUGCUCUCCGAGUGUGCCUCUUGUUAGCCUAUUACGUUCAUGUAGAUAUAGAAGCACGACUUGAUAUUCUCCCCGACUGAAUAGUGUGGAGUACUAUAUUUCUUGCUACUAUAAUCCACUCAUGCAUUUCUUCAACAGUUCAGUUAUUACAAGUUUACAAUAUACUAGUACUAGUUUCCAUUUGUAUACUGAGUUCAAAUGAGAAGAUUUUUUGGAAGUCCUUUCCAUUUCGGUCGACAAUGUUUCCCGCAGAUGUGGACAUGAGUUCUGCUAUACUUGUGGAGCCGAAUGGAGA